GCGUGCUGACCCUGGACCUAACCACUGAGUUGCUCUCUCUCUCGCUCGCUCUCCCUCUCUCUCUCACUCUGUGUGAGCGAGGACAGCAAGGCGAAAGGGGACCGCUCAUUCCAACACACGGCAGUCCUCCAUGGCUAUGUGCAACGGAGACGGCAAGCUGCAGAUCAGCAGUGCGGAGCAGAAUGGGUCAUACGAAGGAGCCGUGGCCAUCCUGGAUGCUGGCGCUCAGUAUGGCAAGGUGAUUGACAGACGGGUGCGAGAGCUGUGCGUACGUUCUGAGAUCCUCCCCUUGGAGACCCCUGCCUUUAAUAUUAGAGAACAAGGAUACAGGGCAAUAAUCAUUUCAGGGGGGCCUGCCUCUGUGUAUGCAGAAGAUGCACCACGGUUUGACCCCGCUAUAUUCACUAUAGGAAAGCCUGUCCUAGGGAUUUGCUAUGGAAUGCAGAUGAUGAAUAAAGUUUUUGGUGGCACAGUGCACAAAAAAUGUGUAAGGGAAGAUGGCGUGUUCAAUAUUGGGGUGGACAACACAUGCUCCCUUUUCAGAGGCCUUCAGAAGGACGAAGUGGUUCUGCUGACGCAUGGAGACAGCGUGGAUAAAGUGGCUGAUGGCUUCAAAGUUGUGGCGCAAUCAGGAAAUAUCAUUGCUGGUAUUGCCAAUGAACAGAAGAAACUGUAUGGAACUCAGUUUCACCCGGAGGUCGACUUGACAGAGCGCGGCAUGGAGAUGCUUCGCAACUUCCUCUUUGAGAUUGCGGGGUGCACAAGUAACUUUACUGUACAGAACCGCCAGCAGGCCUGUAUCAGUGACAUCAGAGAAAAAGUUGGCAAGUCCAAAGUGCUGGUGCUGCUUAGUGGCGGUGUCGACUCAACGGUGUGCACGGCCCUCCUCAACAAAGCUUUGAACCAGGACCAAGUGAUUGCAGUUCACAUUGACAACGGCUUCAUGAGGAAGAGAGAGAGCCAGAGCGUGGAGGAGGCCCUCACCAAAUUGGGCAUCAAACUCAAAGUGGUGAAUGCCUCACACACGUUCUACAAUGGAACAACAACGCUUCCCAUCUCGGAGGAAGACAGGACGCCCCGGAAACGCAUCAGUAAGACCUUGAAUAUGACCACCAACCCUGAGGAAAAAAGGAAAAUAAUUGGGGAUACCUUCGUCAAGGUGGCGAACGAAGUCAUAGGAGAAAUGAAUCUAAAACCAGAGGAGGUUCUUUUGGCUCAGGGUACUCUGAGACCCGAUCUCAUUGAGAGCGCCUCUCAUCUCGCCAGUGGGAAGGCAGAGGUCAUCAAAACGCAUCACAAUGAUACCGAGCUCAUCCGCAAACUCAGAGAUGAGGGAAAAGUAAUCGAACCGUUGAAAGAUUUCCAUAAAGACGAAGUGAGAGCGCUUGGGAGAGAGUUGGGCCUGCCAGAGGAGAUUGUCUCCCGACACCCUUUCCCUGGUCCUGGUCUUUCUAUCAGAGUAAUUUGUGCGGAGGAGCCGUACAUCUGCAAAGACUUUGCUGAAACAAACAACAUUCUCAAAAUCGUGACAGACUUUUCUGCAAGCGUCAAAAAGCCGCAUGCCUUGCUGCAGAGAGUAAAGUCGUGCAUAUCAGAUGAGGAGGAAGAGAAGCUCAUGCAGAUCACCAGCCUUCAUUCACUUAAUGCCUUCCUGCUGCCCAUCAAAACUGUUGGUGUCCAGGGAGAUUGCCGCUCUUACAGUUAUGUGUGUGGCGUCACAAGCAAAGAAUCACCUCAUUGGGAAUCUCUCAUGUUCCUGGCCAGACUCAUCCCUCGCAUGUGCCACAGCAUCAAUAGAGUUGUGUACGUAUUUGGCUCUCAUAUGAAGGAGCCACCAACAGACAUCACUCCAACCUUCUUGACCACAGGCGUUCUUGGCACGCUCAGACAGGCAGACUUUGUUGCUCAUUCUAUCCUCAGAGAGUCUGGCUACUCUGGAAAGAUCAGCCAGAUGCCAGUCAUCUUGACACCCCUGCACUUUGACCGUGACCCACUGCAAAAGCAGCCAUCCUGCAGACGCUCCGUCGUGGUCCGUACCUUCAUCACCAGCGACUUUAUGACUGGCAUUCCUGCAACACCCGGGAACCAUAUUCCAGAGGAGGUGGUGCUAAAAAUGGUCAACGAGAUCAGGAAGAUCCCAGGCAUCUCCAGAGUCAUGUACGACUUGACCUCCAAGCCACCUGGCACCACAGAGUGGGAAUAAAAACAAAAACAAACCUAAAAUGACACAUCACACUGACAGGAGAAACACACACGCACACGCACACGCACACACACACACACACACACACACACACAAACAACAGUUAUCAGAGAAGGCUGAUGAACUUCCCAACCUUUCCUCUCCUCCUCUGUACACCCCUUACACCCAGCCUUUUUUCGUCAACAUUCCCAUGGACAAUAAACCAGGCUGUGACGGGCGCACUUCCAGUGGUGCGUCUAUUCUAGUCAGUCCCUUGUCUUAACAGUUUUGGCAGUUGGGAUUGAUUCACAUAUAGUAAUUAUCUUAUUGUUACUUUUUGUUCACAUUGAAAACUACCCCCUGUUGAAAAAGCAAACUGUUACCAUCACUAUGGAGCGGCCAGAUGCUGUGUACAUUUAGACUGUGGACUUGUGCUGCACUGCAGAAUGAGCAAAGAAUUGAUGCAAGGUCAGCAGAAAGAGGGGUUGGGUUUUUUUGUGUGUGUGUCUUACUGUUGUGGGUCUCAAUGUUUCCACCUUCUUACCUGUAUACUGUGCUAUAAAGACAGCCUGUCCUACUGAAUGGACAAACAUGUCAAAAGUGUGACCAAUUAACAUUUUCUAAGCUCUGUUUUGCCAAAAGUACUGUAGAAGACUCCUCCUGGUGGUCAUCAUGGCCUACUGUUAUCCUGGGAUGAACUUGGUCUGAAGCUGUGCAGGAGGCCAAAAUGAUAGGUAACUUUGUAUGUGCCUGUUCUGUCUUUUGUUUUUGCUCUCUAUUGUUACCUGUUUUCAACCCUGAUGUUUCCAGAAAGCAGAAAUACAGAAUAACACUUUAUCCUUAUGCUGCAAUAUGUAUGCUUUUUAAAUACUAAUUACAGAAAUAGUACAUAAUCACUUGUAAAUUGUGGUUGUCUUUUUUUGUUUUGGGCGGCUCUUGUGAUGUACAAGAGCACAUCUUUGCACAUUUGUUGCUUAUUGACCCAUAACGCCUUCAAGCUUUUAUCAGUAUAACUUAAGGUGUGGCCAUAUGAAAUACUUCAAUACUGUGGACUGCAACUCAGUUUUUUAACUUAGUUUGUUUAACUUUGUUUUUCUGUUCUGGAUUGAUUUUUCCUUCAAUCACGACACAUGUCACAUGUGGUUUGUGUUUAACUGAAUUAAAAAAAAAAAAAAAUCACGCAUCAUCUGCAAGGAAGGUUGUUCUCCGUUCUUUUUAAAGUUACCCUGAAGCAGCAGCGGUUAUGACAAGUGUUUCACUCUUCUUUGUCUGCCUUUUUAAAAGUAUAUUUUUAUGACACGUAUGUCUCCAUGCAAAGAAACUGAUAUCAUGAUCUUUUUACUCUCUGGUUGGAUUAAAUUGCAGUAUCCACAUGAUUAAGUUAUGCAAUUUCUAUGUCUGGGUUAUUUUACUGUGUCAUCUUGCUCAUUCUCCUUUAGUAAUGUGCCUCAAACCAAGCCACCGCAUGCAGUUUCAACAAUGACGUUUAUACUAUGAAAACUGAGCUUUAAUAAAGAUCUCCAUGUUGAAACCUG